AUGACCGAUAAAUUCACUUCUGCUUUCCAGGAAGUCUAUAAUAGUUAUUGUAACUCGAAUCGUUGCUAUUUUCCAGUUUUUAAUGAUUCGGGGGUUUUGAAAUAUACUAUACUUACUGAUGUUAAUAGCACUUGCCGAAGUUACCCUAAUUGCUUAGGAUUUACCCAAAAACAAUAUCAAAACUAUAGUAUAGUCUUUGGUAAUCCAAGUAUUCAAGAUGAUGAUUUGAUGGAUGGAAAAAGUUAUAAAAUCUCAAGUUGUCCCACGGGUUCCUACACUUUUAGAAGAGCAAAUGGGCUCAAUUGGUGUUUUAAUUUCAUACGAGAUAUGGUAACUCACACAAGCGCUGCAAAAAGCUGUCAAUCCCGAAACCAGCAUUUAAAUGGAUUUCAAUUUAUUGAAGAGCAACAAUAUUUUCUGAAAAUUUUGAAACGUUUGAAAAUGAAUUUACCAAUUCAUCUUGGAGCUAUGAAAAAUGGAUCACAGGUAACUCCUCGGGAAUUAGCCUGAAUUUAAAAAAUUUUAAGAAGUUUUCUAGAUGGUCUGGACUGAAAGUGUUGUGUCGACAAAUCAAUCGUUGGCCAAUAAUUUGAAGAGCUCCUGGUUCACCAAAAAUAGCUUGUAUUUGCUUUAUCGACCAGAUUUAGGGUCGUAUUUUGAUCUUAGGUGAGUUAGGAAAAAAAAAAUUUGAAAAAGUUUUUUUUUUAUUUUCAGGGAUAAUCAAUCGCCACUUUAUAGUUGUUACAGUUGUGGAUGGUAUGCCGCAUAAAUUUUUUAUAAAUGUUGUUUUUGAAUAAAGUUAUGUUGGUAACUAACUCUUCCUAUAUAUAAAUCUUCGCUCAAACUAUCCCAAUAUAUCAAAAAGUGCCGUCCUACUUUUCAACGUUACCAAGCAGUUCUUCUCACAAAAUUGUUUCAAAACUUCCACCAAAAAUGCUGUUUCUCCUAUAUUUUUCCCUAAUUCCUCUUACGUCCCCACUAAACGUGGCAAAACUCAAAAUACCCUAUGAAUACCUGGCUACCCGAACUCGCCCAAGUUAUACUAACUAUAAAAUGAGCGAUAAUUUCAAUGUUGUAACUCGAAUCGCUGCUAUUUUCCAGUUUUUAAUGAUUCGGGGGUUUUGAAAUAUACUAUACUUACUGAUGUUAAUAGCACUUGCUUGAGUUACCCUAAUUGCUUGGGAUUUACCCUGAAACAAUAUCAAAACUAUAGUAUAGUCUUUGGUAAUCCUAGUAUUCAAGAUGAUAAUUUGAUGGAUGGAAGAAGUUAUAAAAUCUCAAGUUGUCCCACGGGUUCCUACACUUUUAGAAGAGCAAAUGGGCUCAAUUGGUGUUUUAAUUUCAUACGAGAUAUGGUAACUCAUACAAGCGCUGCAAAAAGCUGUCAAUCCCGAAAUCAACAUUUAAAUGGAUUUCAACUCAUUGAAGAGCAAAAAUAUUUUCUAAGAAUUGUGAAACGUUUGCAAAUCAAUUUACCAAUUCAUCUUGGAGCUAUGAAAAAUGGAUCACAGGUGAAUUAGAGUUAGCCUGAAUUUAAAAAUUUUAAGAAGUUUUCUAGAUGGUCUGGACUGAAAGUGUUGUGUCGACAAAUCAAUCGUUGGCCAAUAAUUUGAAGAGUUUCUGGUUCACCAAAAAUAGCUUGUAUUUGCUUUAUCGACCAGAUUUAGGGUCGUAUUUUGAUCUUAGGUGAGUUAGGAAAAAACAUUUCAAAAAAGUUUAUUUUUAUUUUCAGGGAUAAUCAAACACCGUUUUAUAGUUGUUACAGUUGUGGAUGGUAUGCAAAAUAA